UGCAGUUUUUAGAAAUGUAAAUACGUUUUCGUAGGAAUGUCAAGUAUUAUGUCGUUUAAAAAUUAAUGUGUACAAUCGUCAAAUUUUUUAAAAUUUUUCGUAUUUUUCUAUUCAUAAAUCUUCGAAAUUCUUCAUUUAGUUAAUUAUGAAUCAACUAAUUACAACUGUAUUAUCAUCUCCAAAGAGAAUUGUUUUUGAAAACGUAAUAAAAUGUCUAAACCAUAAGAAGUCCGAACCUCCUAGCUCAGAAUCUCAUUUGAGCGGUAGCAGCGCUCAGUAUCUUGAAGAUAUGUAUAACAACUGGCUCCAGGAUCCCUCCAGAGUACACUCGUCUUGGGAUAUUUUCUUUCGAAAAGCACAAGAAGGGACUCUAACGUACUACCCACCAACAACAUCCAAUGUUGACAAAAAAAAUACACCAAUAAGUAAAACCACACAAAAUAAUCCUUCACCUAACCCCCAACUUACAAAUCCUGCUCCAAAUGUAUCUAAAAAUACAAGCCCAAAAAAUACUGUCGACCUGAAAAUCACCGACAACCUAGUAGCUCCGAAGGUUCUUAAUGUAAAUCCUGUGGUUCCAUUAACCAAGGCUGUAGCCAACCCGGCUGUUGGCUCCGCUGGAGUUCCUGAAUCGGAAACUGUUAUAGCAGAAAAGUAUACUGCUUUACAAAGUAUUAUAAGAGGAUACCAAGUAAGAGGGCACUACCUGGCGCAAGUAGAUCCCUUGGGAACCACAAUAAGCACGCGAGAAAGUAAAGAUGGUCGCCUACCUCCUGAUAUAAUAUCUCCUAAAUAUAAAAUAAAUGAAAGUGACUUGGACAAACUUUACAGAGUACCUUUAACAACGAGAAUUGCUGAAACGGGUUCACAACUGCCUCUUAGAGAAAUCCUAGCUCGAUUGGAAAAGGCAUAUUGCCAACAAAUAGGUGUAGAGUAUAUGUAUAUACCGUCCGUGGAACAAUGCGAUUGGAUUAGAGAGCAGUUUGAGCCGCCAGGAUCAACAGAUAUUUCCGAGAAGAAGAAAAGAUUACUUUUAAUUCGUCUCGCUAGGACUCAUUUGUUUGAACAUUUUUGCUCGAAGAAAUAUCCAACGGAGAAGAGAUUCGGCAUAGAAGGAUUAGACUCCAUCAUACCUCUACUCAAGACGAUCAUCGACAGAUCUUCGGAAUUGGGUGUAGAGAUGUUCGUAAUAGGAAUGGCCCAUAGGGGUCGCCUUAAUGUAAUUAUAAACGUAUGUAGAAAAUCGUUGGUGCAUUUGUUUGCAUAUUUUGAACCUCUCAAACCCUUUGAACAUUGUUCCGGUGAUGUCAAAUAUCAUUUGGGAGUGUUCACACAAAGGAUGAACCGAGAAACAAAUAAACACGUCAAGCUCGUCGUGCUGGCUAACCCUUCCCAUUUAGGUAGUGCCGUUCCAGCAACCGUUGGAAAAACACGCGCUGAACAAUUUUUCAGAGGGGACAUCCAUGGAGAUAGGGUGAUGGCUAUUCUAAUUCACGGCGAUGCAGCGGUAAGAGGACAAGGCGUACAUUUUGAAUUAAUGAACAUGUCUGAACUGCCUUGUUACACCACUCAUGGAAUUAUCCACGUAGUUGCAAACAAUCAAAUUGGUUUUACUACUGAUCGGGCAGUUGCCGGUUCGUCACCAUAUUGUACAGAUAUUGGUCGCACCAUAAAUGCUCCAGUUUUCCAUGUCAACGCCGAUUACCAGAAAAAGUCAUCCACGUAGCUAAGGUAGCUUCCGAAUGGAGAAACAAGUUUCACAGGGACGUGAUGAUCGACCUGGUGGGAUACAGAAGACAUGGUCACCAGGAAGUCGACGAUCCCACCUUUACUCAACCGGUACUGUACAAGAGAAUCGCCAAAAUGAAAACAUGCUACGAAAUGUAUGAAGCGAAAGCUCUAAAAGAAAAUAUAAUGUCAGCACAGGAACUAAAAGCUAGCAAAGACGAGUACUUGGGGAUGCUCGAAAAAGAAUUCCAAAAGGCAAAAGACGAAAAACAUAUUAGUCUACAUGAUUGGCUUGAUACUCCAUGGGAAGGAUUUUAUCAAGGUAAAGACACUACGAAAAUACUACCAACUGGUGUUCCAAUGGCAGUUCUGGAACAUAUCUGCAAAACUGUAUCAAAUCAUCCACCACCUUCAGCAAAGUUUGCUCUUGCUAAAUCCCUUGAAAGAGUGUUGAAAGGAAGGCAGGACCUUCAUAGUAAACGACUGGUCGACUGGUCUAUGGGUGAGGCCUGUGCAUUUGGUGCCUUUUUAAAAGAAGGUAUUCCAAUACGAAUGACGGGUGAAGAUGUCGAAAGAGGAACUUUUUCACACAGGCAUCACGUUUAUCACCAUCAAGACGUAGCAAGUGAAACAUAUUGUCCAUUGCAGCACCUUUACCCAGACCAAGCCUCCUAUACCGUCUGCAACAGUACUCUAGCCGAAUAUGCUGUAAUGGGUUACGAACACGGAUACUCCUUUGUGAAUCCUAAUGCUAUCGUCAUUUGGGAAGCUCAAUUUGGCGAUUUUUCCAAUACCGCUCAACCAAUUUUCGAUCAAAUGGUUUCAAGUUCGGAAGAUAAGUGGGCGCGACAGUCUGGAUUCAUAGUACAAUUGCCCCACGGAAUGGAAGGCGCUGGUCCAGAACAUUCUAGUUGUAGGCCAGAAAGGUUGUUAGACAUGGCGUCGGAAGAUCCAGAUGAGAUGCCAAAAGAAGGACAAACUCUUCUUGAGCAGUUCAAGGCAAUUAACUGGAUCAUCACUAACUGCAGCGUCCCUGCUAAUCAUUUCCACGCGCUAAGAAGACAGAUGGCAUUGCCAUUUAGAAAACCAUUGAUGAUGAUGACACCAAAAGCUUUGCUAAGGCAUCCCGAAGCAAGAAGCUCUUUGGAUGAUAUGAAAGAAGGUUCAGAAUUUCGAAGAGUAAUUCCGGACGAUGAUAAAAAACCUGGUGAAGUACAAAAAAUCUUGUUUUGUUCUGGAAAGGUAUUUUACGAUGUCAGAGAUGCUCUUAGGAAAAUGAAAGUGGAUUCUAAAAUCGCCAUGAUUCGUAUAGAACAACUGGCACCUUUUCCAUUUGACCUGGUGAAGAAAGAGCUUCAGAAAUAUCCUAAAGCAAAAGUGUGUUGGUUACAAGAAGAACAUAAAAACCAAGGUUUCUGGGAUCAUUUGGAGCCGCGUUUAAGGACAAUAUUGAAAUCAUUAAAAGAUUCUAGAGAAGUUUCGUAUGUAGGAAGAGCUGUUUCCUCCUCUCCAGCCACUGGCUUUAGAUACAGGCAUCUAGCUGAGGUUAAAAAAAUGCAUGAAGAUGCUGCGAGGCUUUAGUAUAUCUCUACAUAGUGUAUGCAUUCAUCACUUUCACACCAAAUGUUUAAU